AUGGCUAAACGUUACCACGAUCAAGCUUUUCUGGGAGAGGACGAUAACUCGUGCAUAUUCAAUCCCGAGAUCGACGUUGACUUGGCUGAAGCUUUGGUGGAACGCGAUCGACACCAAGAGCAACUGGGAGGUGGAUUGUCUCGCGCCCAUGAACCCUUGUUGGAGUUCAACUUCACACCUACCGUACACAGACAGAGAUGGCGCAACGUGUUGCAUAAGCAAACGUUCCGCGCCCGUAUCGAACAGAAACGACGGCCCACGACAAGUGACAGUCUGGGACACGAAGUCACCACGGCCCUUUUCAGAGCCAUCGAUCGCGAGAUCACCCGUGACACCACACUCACGCCACACAGCACGGUUCAUUUCCUGAUGCAGUCGGAUCAGUUCACUCAUGCCUUUCAAUCGACAACCUUCACGGUCCUCGAGUUCCGACAGGAGAGCGAGCGAGUCAACACCUAUUUGCAGAGUCUGGCUCAGAAACUAAACUCAAACCAAGAGUUCACCCCUAACGAUUCCUUCACGGUGGAAACCACCUUUAUCCAUACACCGUCCCCAGGGAGUGGAAAUGGUAACAAGCAAAAACCUGGUCGGGAAGCGAUUGAAAAGUUUUUGGCAAGAAAACAGACCGUGAUCCAAAUCAAGAACGAUGACGAAUUGUGUUGUGCUCGGGCGAUCGUCACAAUGCAGGCAUGGUGUCACAAGGAUGACAAUGUUACUGGAAAUAACUACAAAAGUAUUCGCCAGGGUCGUCCGAUUCAGACCCGUUUAGCGCAAGCUCUACACAAGCAAGCAGGAGUACCGUUUGGUCCCUGCGGUAUUCCGGAAUUACAAAAGUUCCAAGAAGUACUCCCGGAGUAUCAAAUCAAAGUCCUCUCCGCGGAUUCUCCCCACUGCAUCAUCUUUGAGGGACCGCCAGCUCCACGCCUCAUUCAGUUAGUCAAGGUUGACGACCACUACCACGGGUGCACGUCUUUUGGCGGCUUCCUCUCCAAGUCAUACUAUUGCCAUGAUUGCAAUAGAGGGUACAACACUGAGGACAUCGAACAUCACCCGUGUGAAGGUCGCAAGUGUCUCUCCUGCGAACGAAAGGAUUGUGUGGAUUUUGUCACUGCCAAGAUCGAGUGUCAUAACAAUCCACAACCCACUGUACCCUGUCAACAAUGUAAUCGUAAAUUCUACGGGGAGGACUGCUACUCGUAUCAUUUGAUAGCCUCUCAGAUCAAAUACUCGGUGUGCGACACCGUGAAAAAGUGCUCUGAGUGUUGCAAGCAAGUGCGGAACGCCAAGACAAAGCCAACUCAUGGCGGAGAUAGAAAGAGUGGAAGAUCGUCGCACAAAUGCGGCUUCCAUAAAUGUGGCAAUUGUGGCAAAAUCAUGGAAGUGGCCACUCACAAAUGCUUUAUUCAACCUGUGAACCACAAAGAUGAUGAGCCGAGAAAGAGGAAGAAGAGAAACGUCCAGGCGCGUCGUGUGGUGCACUCCAACGAGGGUGAAGAACUUGAAGAUGAGAUCAAACAAACCCCCUUGUUUGUAUUCGCUGACUACGAGGCUGUGACGGAUACUGACGGGGUGCAGACUCCCAUCAUGGUCUGCGCCGAAGACGCUGAGACAGACGAGACCAAGGUGCUCUACGGAAACGCCUGCUCGAAAGAGUUUCUGAAGUACUUGGAUAACCUGACCAGGACAGAGGACGGCGACAAACGGGACGUCAUCGUGGUGUUCCACAAUUUCAAGGGAUACGACGCGAUGUUCAUCUUACAGCAAUUGUUUAAAGAACAUCGAGCUGUGACGCAUCAGAUCAAUGUCGGAUCCAAAGUCUUGUCGCUGACCAGUGGCAAUUUAAAGUUCAUAGAUUCGUUGUGCUUUCUACCGUUUCCUCUUAAUUCCUUUCCUGACACAUUUGGUCUCAACGAGCUGAAAAAGGGGUUCUUUCCCCAUUUGUUCAACACUUUAGAGAACCAAAAAUACGAAGGACCCAUGCCACCACGUGAGAUGUAUGAUCCUGAUAGUAUGAGUGCCAAAACGAAUGCCGAGUUCGAACGAUGGUACGAGGAACAAGUGCGUAAUGAUUACGUGUUCAUUCUACGGAAAGAAAUGACAGCUUAUUGCAUUUCUGACGUCAAAUUACUAAAAGCCGGAUGCCAGGCCUUUCAGAAAGAAUUUGAACAGCACGGGAAGUUCAAUCCCAUGGAGAAGUGCGUGACCAUCGCUUCUGCCUCUCACCGUUAUUGGCGAAAGAUGCAUCUGCAAACUAACAAGAUUGCCGUAGAGCCCGCUCGUGGUUGGCAUGGUAGUAGGAACAAUCAAUCAGUGAAAGCUCUGAAGUGGAUGAACUGGUGUGAACAUCAAUUGCGUCACACCUCACCCAGUAACUAUACCGAGGAGCCUGUAGCCGACCGCAUUGCUCAUGCCGGAAACCAGGGAGAGCACAGUAUCCUGACUCCCGCUCGUGCCAUGCACGUGGAUGGCUAUGAUGAGAGAACCCGCACUGCCUACGAGUUCCACGGCUGCCUCUUUCACGGAUGUACGCGUUGUUACCCCCAGCGCAAUCAGUACAGUAAGUUGAGCCCGGACCGCAACAUGCAAGAAUUGUACGAAGCUACUCUGGCAAAAACAGCUCUUUUAAGAGCUAUGGGCUACACCGUCAUGGAAAUGUGGGAGUGUGACUGGGACAGAAAGGUCAAGAAUGAUGCAGUGUUAGGAAAGUUUGUGUCCCAGUUGGAGAUAGUGGAACCACUGAAUCCCCGUGACGCUUUCUUCGGUGGUAGAACCAACACGGCCACCCUGUAUCAUAAGGUAGAUGAGUCAAUUGGAGAAAAAAUCAAAUACGUGGAUGUCACCUCAAUGUACCCAUGGGUCAACAAGUAUGGAGAGUAUCCUGUGGGCCAUCCUGAAAUAGUCACCAAUCCCGAAGACCUUAACAUCCAAAAUUACUUCGGGCUGGCCAAAGUUGAUGUGCUUCCUCCGUCCCAUUUGUAUCAUCCUGUGCUACCGUACCGUUGGGGCGGUAAACUCGUUCUCCCCUUGUGCCGUUCCUGCGUGGAAAAGGAGAUGUCAGAGUCCUUUCUGAGCCGUUCGUGCGAGUGCAGCCACACUCCUGAGCAACGCAUGCUGCGUGGAACAUGGUGCACGCCGGAACUUGCCAAAGCAGUUGAACUCGGGUACACCAUCGUCCACAUUCACGAAGUGUGGCACUUCCCUGAGAGCCAGAGACAAAAGGGACUGUUUGCUUCUUAUGUCAACAAGUGGCUGAAGAUCAAACAAGAAUCGGGCGGGUAUCCGAGUUGGGUACGAACUGAGGAAGACAAAGCCCGGUAUGUGCGAGAGUACAAGGAACACGAAGGUAUCCAGUUAGAUCCGACCAUGAUCCGAAAGAACCCGGGGCGCAAGGCUACUGCUAAACUUAUGUUGAACUCCUUUUGGGGUAAAUUCGGUGAACGAAUGAACAAACCCCGUGUAGAGACUAUUUCGUCCCCUGCCGGACUGUUCCUACGCGUGUCUGACCCGUUGCUGAAGAUCAAUGCGAUCCGGAUCUGUAGCUCCGAUGUGUUAGAGAUCGUCUACACAUCCGUGGACGAUAAUGCACCAACCUCUGGCCACACCAAUAUCUUUGUGGCAGCAUACACGACUAGUCUAGCCCGACUCAGACUCUACGAAUCCCUGGAAAAACUGGGGAAGCAGGCCUUGUACUUCGACACGGAUUCCGUGAUCUUCCGUUGGUAUCCAGGACAACCCGACAUUCCGCUCGGAGAUUUCCUCGGGGACAUGACGAACGAACUCGACGAUGGGGACUACAUCACUGAAUUCGUGUCGGGGGGCCCCAAAAACUAUGGCUAUAUCACCAAGUCAGGCAAGGUGUGUUGUAAGGUCCGCGGCUUCACCUUAAACGUCCUCGGCUCAGCUCAACUGAACUAUGAGGUAAUGCGACAGAAUGUACUCGAGGAGAUUCGUCAGCCAUUGGAGGAACGACGGAAUGUGGAGGUGCUCAAUCCGCGUUUCUUUACACGUGAUCCUACCACCAAACGACUUCGUGUUAUGCCCCAUGUGAAAAAGUACGGCCUGGUGUUCGACAAACGUGUGGUGGACCCAGUCACCUUUCAAUCAUUUCCUUACGGAUACAAACCAUGA